AUUUGGGUUGAAGAUUUGAUGGAGAAUAUCAGUAUUUUUUCCCAACAGAAACAGAGGAAAAAUCGUGAAAUGGUGCAAAGACCAAGGGCAAAUUGACAAGUGACUGCGUAAAAUAUGAGAGAGAGAGAGAGAGAGAGAGAGAGAAUGGGGGUGAACCAUCAGAUGAGAUCCACCUUUCUCAGCCUCCCUUUUUCUCUGUCAAAGCUCUCCCCACAUUUCUCUCCUCUUCCUAUUUAUAAUUUUCUUUUGUCAAACUUGCCACAAUGGAGUGACCAAACCCACAAUACCACUAACUCCACCAAACAAAGAAAGAGGAAAAAAAGAGCCUCUCACUUCCAUCCCCAACCAUAUAAUAUCCUCCCAAAGCAAUACGCUUCAUAUAGCCUGUGCAACAACACAACAACAAUCACCAACACACGCGAAACAAAAGACACACACUCUGCUCACAAUAACAGAGGAAACACAAAAUGUCGUGGCAGACCUACGUGGAUGACCACUUGAUGUGUGACAUUGACGGCCAAGGCCAGCAUCUCUCCGCGGCUGCCAUUAUCGGUCUCGAUGGCAGUGUCUGGGCCAAGAGCGCUUCCUUCCCCCAGUUCAAGCCAGAGGAGAUGACUGGGAUCAACAAGGAUUUCGAAGAACCGGGUCAUCUUGCUCCAACCGGGUUGCACCUUGGGGGCGCAAAGUACAUGGUAAUCCAGGGAGAGCCUGGCGCUGUCAUCCGUGGAAAGAAGGGCUCUGGAGGUAUCACUAUAAAGAAAACUGGACAAGCUCUAGUAUUUGGACUCUAUGAAGAACCUGUGACUCCAGGGCAGUGCAACAUGGUUGUUGAGAGGUUGGGGGAUUACCUCAUUGACCAGGGCCUGUAGGCUUAUAUCUAUCGUGACCCUAGUAUUUCAAUUUUGGAUUUUUGUUGCUUUUCUUUAUUUUUUCUUUUCUGGGGUUUUGGUUCCCAGUUUGCAUCUCCUUCAUCCAAAAAGCCUCUAAAAAUUGGUGGUGAAGUUGAAGUUGUUGCAGACAAUAACCAUCUGAGAAGGACUAAAAGCAGUUGUUUGGUUGCUUGAAUUGCAUAAAACUUGAUAUUUCAUGAUAAUAUUUGUAUCCCUUGUUUGUAGUUUUUCCCUUUUCUAAGUUAUAUAUUCCAUUGGAACAUUCCUAAAA